AUGCGGGACUACGAAUACAAUGUCUUUGAAGACUGGUUCUCCCAAUCUGAGCUGUUCUUCGAUUUUGAGUUGUCUGCUCGCUCUAAGGCAGUGUUCUAUCUUCGUCAUGUUCUAUACAACGACCGCACACUCGCAUAUAUAUCGCGAUUGACGCCAAUGCAAAGCUGGCAGACUGCUGAUGCGAUUUGGCUUGAGAUACAUCAUGAAGCUCCCGGUCUGGCAGAGGGAACUCUAAAUAAGCGAGACGGCGAGGGAUCUCCAUACACGACUCUUUGCUUUCGCGGUUUCAUUUCGCCAUGUGGCGAAGAACUUUAUGCGGAUUACGCAGAUACCACCAACAAAACGGCGCUCGAUCGUUUCUGUAAACAGCUACACAAGCUAGGCAAUCGCUCUGGAGUGGAGUCAUUACUUGACUCACCUGCGGACUGCAUCGGUGCCUCACCGGGACCACACGACGGGAUCCCAGGUCCUUCAGAAAGACAAGGAAAUGGCAGCCGCCGUGGAUCUGGUCCGGAUAGCGGUAACGAGACUUCUGGUCAGCUUUCAUCACGCCCAUCUGGGAGCUCUCAAGAUACUGGUAAUGACCGCUCUCAGUCCAUGAUUGGAAAGAUCAACCGACACCUGAACGAUGAAGGCCAUCCAACCCAUUGCAGAUAUCUCGAACUUUGCAUCGACACAAGCCAACAUGGCACGUCCUUGGGAGAGAUUCGUCUGAAUGGGGUGGGAGCUGGCUCGGGUCCACGCGUGCAGAACGACUGGGAGCUCUUUACCAAAAUUUAUGAGACCUACUCCAACUCUCGUCGAUCCAGUCGCUUUGGUUUCUUGUAUAAGCCAGUUGACAUCCAAUUCGUACGAUUCAGUGUCUUUGGUGGUGGGCAUGUAGGCAUCUACGAAAAGCCAAUGAUUUUACCGCCAGAAACUGACGUGAGAAAUGGAAAGUGGCAAUACUACGAGUGUCCGCUUGAGCCGCUCCCGCCGAUUGAUAGUCGUACCUUCUUUCACUACUUCUGGAAUCACAGACGCCGUACAUCUCAGGAUGGCACGAGUAGCUUGUUUCUCAACCGCUUGCCGAAAAAGGUUGGUACUAGCAUGCUGCAACAGGAAGCGUCAAACACUCUAAAUCUUGGAUACGGCAUACAUAUCAUCGAAGGUCCAAACAAGAAACUACUCAGCGUCGCUGUCUUCGUCAUUUUGGUGGUCAGUUUUGCCGCAUCACUUGCUUACUCACUUGCCACGCAUGCCCAGGAAAGCGGAUUUGGCAUCGGUCAAUGGAUGGUAGCUGCCAUGACUGCUGGAUUAGGCGCGAUAUACUUCGAUCUGACCGAGUAG